AGCUACUCCUAUAAAAGGAGGGCUCUCCCUCAAUGUUAGGGGAGGCCAAUUUUUACACUCUCCCCUACCCACUUCCUCUCUCUCUAGACUUUUUGUAGUUUAUUUUCUUCAAAGAAGCUUCAAGCUUCCAUAGCUUCCAUUAAUGGCUUUCUAGCCAAAAUCGUGUACCAUGUACAACCCCCGAUAUUAAUAAAAAUCCCCUGUUGGCAAGGUACCGCCAAAAAAGGCCCGUGGUUUUCUCCCGAUUUGGGUUUCCACGUCAAAAUCCCCGUGUUUAUAUUUUGGUGUAUUUUUUACACUAGUUUAUCGUUUUUGACCAGCUAAAAACGAUAUACCGGUCGAUAAUUUACACCAUCAUUUUGGCGCCACCCGUGGGACCCGAGUGAAAAGCCAUUAUAUUUUAGUUCCUUUGAUCUUGUUCAACCAAAAUGAUAGAGGAGAGUGGAUGUGUUGCUAAAAAAAAGAGCGUUGCGCUACAAAAAAAAAAGAGAUCUUAUCUCAAUCUUUUUUUUGUGGCUGGUGUACCUACGUAAAAAAAAGAGAGGAAAAAAUGCUGGGGAAGGAACCAAGAAGAAAAUGGAGUCAAUUGGGGUGAAAUUGGUAGUACCGCCGUUGCCACAAGAGUCCAAUGUCGUCGCCGCCGCUGUAGCACUCGACCAUUGCCGCCACCUUUAGCCGCAACCCUGCUUCAUCCGCAGGUGGAGUCCACCAUCGACAAAAAUCCACCACCGUCACCACCGUCGAUGCUGCUGUUUCUAAAGCUUGUCCACUGCCUCCCAUGGCCGUCACCUCGACGCUCCUUAAUGGUGGCAAAGAGAGAAGAAAUUCAGGGGAUGGCAAUAAAAAUCCACCCAACACAUGGGUGUAUGCAGUGCUCCACUAUUCCAAAGAUAAAGUUGGAUUAUUGAGGAUAGGGUCUAUCCUUUGCAGCCGCGCCGGGGAAAAUGUCAAAAGCCUGUUGUUCAAAUAUUUGCAGAUGGAGUGCUGCCAUUCCUAAAAAAGGGCGAUUGUUAUGCUAAAGAUCACCAUCAAGCUGCUGCUACAAACAACGGAAGAAGCAGGAGAUCAAUGCAAGAAGGAGCCAAAGUUCAUUGACGUAUUUGCUGUCCAAUAUGUCGGUCCGCGGCAACCAUUGUUCUCGGGGUUUGCUUCCGCCAUUGCUCGGACGCACGGCCUCCAUAGACUGAUUAAGCCGCCCAAGUCCAUCACGGCCGCUGGUCCAGCAACUGCACGCCGCCGCCAUACCGGAGGUUCAUAGUCAUCGAUGAUGCAACCAAACUCGCCGUCGCUAGAUGUCGUUACUACUGUUAUGGGUAUAGUCCCCCGUAGAAGAAUCUACGGCGACUGUUGUGCGCCACUCUCAAUUGGAGUUCGCCACUGCUAUAAUUCAUCAUCGCCAAUCUCAAUUGGAGUCCGCCUCUGCCACAGUUGGAGUUAGCACCGACGCUAUAAAUUCAUCUGUCGUCGGAGGACUUUGUCUGAUCACCAGAAAUCUUUUCACAACUGUGGAUCUGUCCCAAUUUCUUGUCCUUGAGAGUCGGUAGGGUCGUUCUCGUCCUCCCGCUCUCGCAGGAUGAAGCUUGUUCUCUCACUACCACCGCCUUGGCUAUGAAGGGCUGCCGCAGCUAGACGGCACCACUAUCGUUGUUGAAGGCUACCAUCGACUGUCUGUCAGUGGUUUUACGAUCUCUACUGUCACCACCAUUGAAGAGGAAGGAGAAGACUCACCUCGACGCCACAGUCUCUCCAAAAAUUUUUCAGAUUGGGUCAUCGUCACCACCGCCGGUGUAUAUUUUGUGGCCGCUUAUGCGAGUCACCAUCGUCACCGCCACCAUCAUCGUCGAAGUUCAUUGCGUCCUUCGUUGAAGUUUCAUGGUCACCGUCGUCGGACGAAGCCCCCGAGAUCUAAUUGUUACGGGUGAAAUCCGGUAUUACAGCCGCCUUACCCAAAUUUGAAAAUCUACCAUCACCAUCAAUUCUACUGUCAACAUAUGCGGAGCCAAUCAACUACAAGCCAAUUAAAAGUUGAAGAUAAUUGAGACAAUGUGGAUGGGCAGCACAUGGAGGAUACAAUCUGGCAGAUUUUGAAAAUAUAGAAAAAAGUGGGUACAUGCUUUGUACCAAUAAUUAACAAGGAGACAAACAAAAAAAGAGAGAUAAGAGAAAAAGGGACGGCCAUAGGAGGAAGGAAGCAAGUGGAGUGGUGGUGGUGGGGUCCAUUACUCUUAUUACAUCAAGAGAUACUCCACUUGCAAAAAUCAAGAGAUACUCCAAUUACAAAAAUCAAGGAAAUGCUCCCAUGAGAUGAGGCCCGCGAGCAAACAAAUCACUCUCGUCCAACAGCAUGCUCGAUGCAUGGAUCUUGGGGGAUUCUUCGGCCAUUAUAAAGGAAGACUGAGACACAGGACCGGACCUGGCACGCUGGUCACUACACCAGUCUUGCUCAGUAUAAAAUAAAAAAAAGAUAAACCCGGAAGAGGGGCCCGGAAGAGGGGUAUGCCUGCAAGAGGGCUGGACCUGGAAGAAGGUUCGAACCGUGCUUACACGGGCCCAUGAGGAUUGACCGGUAUCGGGGAAUCAGCCGACACUGGCAAACUGAUUGGAGACUAAAAGAUGCCCAUUAAAAGAAAUAGAAAAGGGUCGUCCACCGUAAUGCAUCCUAUUCCGACCAGUUCGGAUUCCCCCUUCUCAAGGAAGACUUGAACGGGGGCUGAGCUAAGGCCUUCCCGGGAUAGUAAACAUCAAAGGGCCAUUAAAAGACUUAAUCACCCGGAAGAUGGGGCCCUGGAAGAAGGGUGCAUUUUGGGCCUUGGAGAAGGCUCGAAACCAUCCGACAUGGUUAAUUCUCCAAUGUUGAUCUGGCCCGGCCAGCAGCAUUAUCUUAGAGGAAGACUGAGACACAGGCCUGGCCUGGCAAGCUGGUUACUACACCGGUCUUGCUCAGUAUAAUGAAGAAAAUAUGUGACCCAGUCGAACUGGUACACUGGUCUCACACCGGUCUUGCACAUAUUUUCCAAUAAGCCUGAGCCCAAUCGAAUUGGGUACACCGAUUGCACAUCGAUUUCAGCAAAAGAGUGAGCUAAGCUCAUAUCGGG